UUUUUUCUUGAUUCAUUGUAAAACCUCUUGUCCAGCCAUGGCUGGACAACUACUUUCUUUGUUUCUUGACCCCUCCAAUAUGACAUUCUCGUAAAAUAUUGCCUGAGGUGCGGUUCUGGGUUACAUUAGCGUUUGAUCUAUUCAGUUGUACUAGCAGGAAUCAAACGACUUGUUUCUGUUGUACUUAAGUCUUACGAAAAGGUGCCCAUAGUUUAGCGACAGUUUCCAAAGGCUUUAGUACCACCUAUAUUACAAAAUGGGGGACCCAAACUCCCGGAAGAAACAAGCUCUGAACAGACUUCGUGCUCAGCUUAGAAAGAAAAAAGAAUCUUUAGCUGACCAGUUUGACUUCAAGAUGUACAUUGCCUUUGUGUUCAAAGACAAGAAGAAGAAGUCAGCGCUUUUUGAAGUGUCUGAAGUGAUACCAGUCAUGACCAAUAACUAUGAAGAAAAUAUCCUGAAAGGUGUGCGGGAUUCCAGCUAUUCUUUGGAAAGUUCCUUAGAGCUACUGCAGAAGGAUGUAGUACAGCUCCAUGCACCCCGCUACCAGUCCAUGCGCAGGGAUGUGAUCGGCUGUACCCAGGAGAUGGACUUCAUUCUAUGGCCUCGUAAUGAUAUUGAGAAGAUAGUCUGUCUCCUGUUCUCUCGGUGGAAGGGGUCUGAUGAGCCCUUUAGGCCUGUUCAGGCCAAGUUUGAAUUUCAUCAUGGUGACUAUGAAAAACAGUUUCUGCAUGUUCUGAGCCGAAAGGACAAGACUGGAAUUGUUAUCAACAACCCUAACCAGUCAGUGUUUCUCUUCAUUGACAGACAGCACUUGCAGACUCCGAAAAACAAAGCUACAAUCUUCAAGUUAUGCAGCAUCUGCCUGUACCUGCCACAGGAGCAGCUCACUCACUGGACGGUUGGUACCAUAGAGGAUCACCUCCGUCCCUACAUGCCAGAGUAAGGUACUGGCCAGCAAAAUGGGGAAGAUCACAGAAUGCAGCAGUGGAUUUUCACUUUCCUCACCACUUCAUUCUUUCAGAAUUUAGAAGAAAAUGGACUCAUGUUCAGAACAUUAUACAUUGUGAAACUUGAUCAUCCUGGAUUUUUUUAAUCAUUUGUAUCUCAGAACUUUGCAAUUUUUUUUUAGAUGUUUUCUGCAUGGACCUUGUGAAAGAGAGGAUGCUCUGCACACUUCUGCACUGCAUCAGCAUCUUACUGAUAUGUGAAAUGAAGGGACUGUACAUUGAAACAAAUGUAUCCGAAAGCACAAGGUGAUCAUUUGUGGUGGUGUUCCCAUUUGUGCUGGUCAUGCCCCCUAACAUCUCUAAUGUUAACCAUCAGUAUUUGAGGGUGAGAAGUGAAUGUAACGGGUAUAAAAGCCUUAUAGCUUUGCUGUUCAUGAUUGUAUAGAUGAGCACUAUCAUUCAUUCUAAUGAACGAAGAAGUGGCUAUUACAAUAGCAAGUAAGUGUGGGAAAGAAAUCUUCCUAAAAAAAAAAGCAUCUCAUUUAAUGUAUAGGCAUUUUUUGCCUCUUUUAUUUUGCUGGGCCAUGUCUUAAGUUUACUGGCACUUUUGUUUUGGAUCUCUUUCCCCAAGUUGCUGUAUAACUGUAUGAAGGUAUUCUUUUGAGUUGGAUGCAUUUAUACAGAUGAGGCAGACCUGGAGUCUGAAGUUGCUAAAGCAGCUCAAAAAAAGGUAAAAUAAUAGCUGCAGAAACUAUGUUGGUAGAGGAUUAUUUUUUCUUGAGAGUUGAGACUUGUAAACUUGCAGGUGAACUGUGCAGGAAAUACUGGUUUCUAAAACAUUUCUUACAGAAAACCCAUUGAGGUUGUUUUUUUUCUUUCUUUUGGAAUAGACAUUAUAAACCAAUGUAAAAUAGUGUUUGGAGUGUCAAAAGUUGGUUCUGACAGAACAUUUUAAGAUUGUGCAAUGAUAAAAGGAAGACUACUGUAUAGUUUUGAUGACAGAGAAGGCUCUGCUUAAGGGUUGAGUACUUUACUGGAGUAAAACUGCAUAAGCCUACUCCCUUUGGAUAAAACUAGUGCUUACCUGUUUAAAACUUGUAUUUAGCUUUUGUUUGGAAUUGGAAAAAAUUGAAAAUUAAAUAAAUUAGGUAAAAGAUG